UUUCAGGACACUGCAUUUUGGAGGUCGCAGUGUGUUCCUAAUCGACGCCAUUUCAGCCAAGCCGUGUCUCUAGCACAGGACCGGCGAUUGUUUUGCAGUCCGACAUUAUCGGGACCCAAAGUAUUUGCAAUUGGUGACCUUCUUCAAUUUAUACACUGCUCUAAUAUAACAUAUUUCACUUCGUAGUUGCAUACUGUAUGAUUUCUGAGUAUCAUUCUGGUGCACACUACACUGUGUCUUUUUCCACCUCUUCUCCGUAUGGCUUGGGCACGGAACACUGCAUCGGUAAGAUAUUUUCUUUAUUUUAAGUCAUUCGCUGGUCUUUCCACUUGCUGAGGAUUCCAUG